AUGAACUCAGCAGAAAAUUCCUGUCCAAAAAAUCCCUUAAUUGAACGGCUGGAAGGUUCAAUUGGACUAUUCCCAUCGUUAAAUGAUGGGUAUAUUGCCGAUAGCACCAAAUCCGACACCGAAGGAAAAACACACGAAAAUAUUUUGGGAUCAGGCCCGGCGCUGGAAAACUUCUCGGAAUCGGCCAUCAUUGCAGCAUGGGCUCUAACCCUUUGCAAGUAUAUUGGAGAGUCAAAGGUCUCAUUUUAUGUCUUGCUGAGUGACGGACUCCGAUGGCGAACUUCGGUUUUCCAUUUGACUGCCAAUGAAGACCAGACACAGCGGCAAUUUCUUCAGCAAUCGCACAACUUACUCCAGGCUCUUAAGUCAGGAAAUGGCCUAUUAGAGACUGAAGAUGGUGUUCUCGAGCUGCCAGACCAAUCGGUGAAUACAGCAAUAGUCUUUCGCGAUAUUGCCAGUGGCUCUACUAUUUCACGACCUAAGUUUCAACAGAAAAAAGUUAUCACUCUAAGCGUCUCUAAAGCUGUCACAGGGAUAGCUUCUUCUUUGAGUUACCAUCAUUCUAUGCUCUCGGACGGUCAAGCAAUGAACGUCGGUUCAACGUUUGCGGAAAUUCUCUCAAACCUCAAACAAAAACUCGAUAUUCCACUCAGCCACCUAGAAUAUAUGAGCAAAACUCACUUGGAUCAGCUGUGGAAAUUUAACAGCAAAAUCCCAGAAGAGCCUUGGAUGGAGUGCUUUCAUAAUGUGGUAGAGAGCCAUGCUCUGAACAACCCACUAUCGCAAGCUAUUGAUGCAUGGGAUGGCAAGUUCACAUAUUCAGACUUGAAUAGGUUGUCAACUCGGCUAGCAAAAUACUUAGCGAAUCACGGAGUAGGGCCUGGUACUGUUGUCCCAAUUUGUUUUGAGCGUUCAGCUUGGGCGAUAGUAGCUAUGCUGAGCGUUUCAAAAGCUGGUGGUGCAUUUGUGAGCAUUCCGCCGUACCUUCCAUCUGGCAGGAGAGAAUCAAUGAUUCAGAUGAUAUCUCCGUCAAUUCUAUUAACGACAUCGGAUUUCUGUCAUCUUUGGGCCACCGGUUUGAAAUGUAUCCCAAUAGAGGGCAACCGUAUUGAUUCUUUGUCAAUUUGCAAAACGCCCCCAACACCAAAAGUCAAACCCACGGACAUGUUCUAUAUUAUUUUUACUAGCGGGUCAACUGGAGUUCCGAAGGGAUGCAUGGUCUCCCAUUCGUCUUUCUUGAACGGGGCGCUAAGAAAAGCGCCAGAGUGGAAGUUUGGGCCGGAUUGUCGUGUUCUUCAAAUGCUAAGUCACACAUUCGAUAUGAGUCUCCUGGAAAUCUGCACCAGUUUAGGAUCGGGAGCGUGUGUGUGCGUACCAAGAACAGAAGAAAUUGAGGAUAGCCUUGCUUGUGCCAUCAACAAGUAUAACGUCAACUUAGCAGUUAUGACUCCAUCGCUUGCUCGACGCUUAAAGCCCCAAGCUGUACCCGGGCUGAAGGUGUUAUGUCUAGGGGGAGAAUCAUUCCCUAAAGAGCUUGUUACACUAUGGUCAGAAAGGAUCAAUCUCUUUCAAUUCUACGGACCAAGUGAGUGUUCGAUUAAUUCAUCGACACGGGCAAUCACCCAUAAAAAUGCCGACCCGCUCAAUAUUGGAGUUACAAAUCAUGCAGCAUGCUGGGUUGUAUCUCAGGAUGAUCAUAACAAACUUGUUCCCGUUGGUGCAAUUGGUGAGCUGCUGGUCUCCGGUCCUAUUGUCGGAUUGGGGUACUUUAAGAACCCUGUCAAAACUUCUGAGGUAUUCAUUCAAGAUGUUGCCUUCCUUAACGGGGACUCCCGUUACAACGGCUGGCGCUGCUACAAGACCGGUGAUUUAGUUCGGUGGAAUUCAGAUGGGACACUCAUCUUUUGCGGGCGUGUGGAUAGCCAGGUGAAGCUUAAUGGUCAACGUCUCGAAUUGGGAGAAGUUGAAUAUCAUUUAACCCUACAUGAUGAAGUCCGGCAUGCAGUUGCCAUAGUCCCGAAGGUCAACAGAUGUAAGGAUAAUUUAAUGGCAAUCAUAUCCUUAAAGUCAACAACGGAGCAAGGGGACCUGAAAGACAUAUCAAUACUUCAGGGUGGCUUCGUUGAUGAAAAUAGGCAAUCUGUCAGAAAACGGCUGCAGAAUGUUCUACCACGAUAUAUGGUUCCGACAAUAUGGGCGUUCGUUGUUCGGAUGCCCAUGUCAGCUUCUGGAAAGAUAGAUCGUGUUAGGAUACGUCGAUGGGUGGAAGAGAUGCCGGAAAGCACAUUCCACGAAAUCACAGGAGGAAAAUUGGGGCAAUCUGACUAUGAGAAGCCCAUGACGAAGAUGGAACAGUAUAUCAAAGAAAUCUGGAGCAGCGUCCUCGGCCUACCCCCACAGCAGGUUGGCCUCCAUCAAUCUUUCAUACAACUUGGUGGAAGUUCUAUCCUUGCACAGGAAGUUGUUGCCAAAUGUAGGAAUAACGGCAUAGGCCUAACCAUGAAUGAUACCUUGACUUGUGAUGGCGUUGCCAAUGCUGCCUCCUUAACUACAGCACUUGGAAAAAGCGAGCCACAGACAAAGUUGCUUGGUUCUAUAUCCGGGCCAGCUUGGAAAAAGCUGCGAGAAAAGUACGACUUGUCUCGUUUAGGGAUUUUGCACCUUGAUGAUAUCGAGGAUGUAUAUCCAUGCACUCCUAUGCAAAUAGGCAUGUUCCUUGGCCAAAUUCGAAAACCGGGGUCAUAUCACCUCCGGUUCUUUUACAAACCCACGGUGAAAGAGAGAGAGUUGCCCACGAUUGGAAAGGUAAAGGCAGCCUGGCAUACCGUUGUUUCUCACCAUUCCUCACUCCGCACAUUGUUUGUGGAUGACCUGGGAGUUGGUGGUUCCGAGUACCACUCUAUUGUGCUACGGCGAGUGCGAGUGGACAUGAUAGUAGAUGAAGUUUCAACAAGGCUUUCGCCAUCUGAGGCUAUGGAGACCUUUACCAAGUCAAUAAAGCCAUUUACUAAAGGCUUACCAUUCCAUCGACUGACUAUCUGCGCCUAUAACGGCAAGGCCAUAUACCUCAUGCUUGAGAUUUCCCAUGCUCUAGUAGAUGGGGCCGCGAUGGAGAACCUCAUGAGAGACUUCGCCAAUGCCUGUGACGACAGACAGGUAUUGCACAAGCCCCAGCCUUAUCGGGAUUUUGUGGAAUAUGUAGCUUCACAGAAUUCGGAGGCGAGCGCUAAGUAUUGGACGUCAUAUCUCAAAGAUUGCCCACCCUGCAUGAUCCCGGUCAGUAAGCAAGUGACAUUCGACAGUGUACCCACUCGUUUCCUGCGCAAAGAUUUUGUUUAUGAAAACAGUCGAGCUUUUCUAUCCAAAUGCAAGGAAAGCCACAUAACUGUAGCAUCUGCAGUCAGGGUGGCUUGGGCAUUGGUUCUCAGGGCGUAUAUUGGAUCUUGUGAUGUUUGCUUCACAUAUGUUGCUGCUGGUCGAGAUGUUCCAGUCAAAGACGUGGAUAAGAUGGUUGGCCUAUGCUUGAGCAUACAGCCCUGCCGUGCACAGCUCCGGACGGGUACUACUUUUGCAUCUAUUGCAGAAGGAAUGCAGCAGGAGUACAUCGAGAGUAUGCCUUAUCAGCACUAUCCGUUAACGGAGUUAAAAGCGCGACUUUAUCCCCAGGGAAGUGAAGCAAUGUUCAAUACAGCCGUUUCAAUGGAGUGGACUGCUAGAACUGAUCCCUACUAUAACACUUCCAUAUCUUUCCAGGAGAUUAGGGAGCAAGACGACCCGACAGAGUAUGAUAUAGUUGCCAACGUCGAGAUUAUUGACGAUAAUAUGAAGCUUGGUUUCCUAUACUGGCCGUCAUUUAGCGAGAGCGAUGUGACGCAUGUUGCAAAUGCUUUUAAAAAGGCAUUGAACUGCCUUGUGGAUUCAGCCAACUCGCCAAUUGAGUCUAUAUCACUUCUUAGCGAGCAUGACUUUGACAUCAUAAAAUCUCUAAGUCAGAUACCAUUAAGUUCUGUCGAAACGGGUGUGUUUGAGAUGAUAGAGGAACAGGCUAUAACGCGGCCAGGAACUCAGGCGGUGGUAUCCUGGGAUGGAGAAUACUCUUAUAGCGAGUUAGUUACGUCGUAUACUAAAUAUGCGAAGUACCUUAUCAGCAAAGGGGUAAAGAACGGAGACAGGGUUGUCAUAUGCCUUGACAAAUCCUGCUGGUCUAUCAUCAUAAUACUGGCUAUCCUGAGAUCCGGUGCUGCUUUUGUUGCCACAAAUCCCCUUCAUUCCCAACAACGGCUUGAAGCUAUUGUAGAGCAUUGUCAUGCAAAGCUCAUCAUUGCAGAGCCUAGGUAUAUAUCACUCUUCGAAACCGUUACCACGCCGACCAUGUCAAUAAAUAAGGAUGCGAUUGAAGUACACUUGUCUUCCAUUGGAUUGCCUCUAAUUAGCGGGACCGAUAUUGCAGCAAUCGUUUACACUUCGGGGACCACUGGAAAACCGAAGGGAAUCUUGAUUGACCACGGAUCUCUUGCGACAAGCGUGCUUCUUGGGCAUGGAAAAAGUUAUAAAUUUGGCCGAGAAACCCGGGCUUUGCAGUUUGCAUCUUUCACUUUUGAUGCCUGUUUACAGGAAAUCCUCACAGUGCUCUCUUAUGGUGGCUGCGUAUGUGUACCCUCGGAGGACGAACGGUUAUCUAACCUCCCAAGCUGUAUGAUUCAAAUGCAGGUAAAUUUGGCACUCUUCACACCAACCGUGGCAAGGCUUAUUAAGCCUCAAGACGUGCCGAGUUUGAAGACAAUGAUUAUGUGCGGGGAGCCCAUGUCUCGACAAGAUCUGGAACUAUGGGCCGGUUCUGUUGACCUAUACAACGGAUACGGGCCGGCUGAAACAACUAUCUGUGUCUCUGUUGGGGGUCCUUUGGGCAUGUCGGAUGACCCUACUAAUAUCGGACAUGCUGUAGGAGGCACUCGGCUUUGGGUUACCGAAACCGUAGAUGACAACCGACUUGCGCCUACGGGUUGCAUUGGGCAGCUGGUAAUUGAAUCCCGUCAAGUUAGCCAAGGCUACCUUGAUGAUGCAGAGAAGACAGCUUCCGCGUUUAUAAGCCCUAACUGGUUGCCCGGUAGUAGAGUAUAUAAGACAGGAGACUUAGCACGGCGGAAUCCGGACGGGAGCCUCACGUACUGUGGGCGCAAAGACACACAAGUUAAGAUACGGGGGCAACGUGUGGAGCUGGGAGAGGUUGAGCAUCACGUACAUGAGUGCUGGCCGGGUGCAUUAGGAGUUGUAGCGGAGGUAAUAUACCCAGUGGACGAGGAUAAAAUGAUGCUAGCUGCAUUCAUAUGCACUCGUGAGAGCCAGGGUAGUGCAAAUAUGAAUCGAAAUGAUGUUGAAGUUGAAGAGGCUAGAUCUGGGCUGCUCCCGACCUGGGUGUCAAAGCAUUUCAUAGAACAACUGGAAGACCGGUUGCCUUGCUACAUGGUUCCCUCGAUAUUCUUCACUAUGUCUGUCAUGCCACUGACGACGAACGGGAAAGCUGAUCGACAACGCCUCCACAGUGUAGGUUCCAGUUUCACCAGCGAGCAACUCGCACAAGCAAAUAAUCAACAGAGUCAAGCCAGGCGUGUGCCUUCGAGUGCUAGGGAACGGAAAUUGCAGCAGUUAUGGAGCUCCAUUCUAAAAGUUGAUGGAAGCCAGAUAGGCCUGGAUGACAGCUUCUUCCGCCUGGGUGGAGAUUCGGUAUCAGCGAUGAGAUUGGUCACAUCAGCACGAAAAGCAGGUAUCAACCUAACAGUGGCUGAUAUAUUCCGUCACCCUCACAUUGACGAACAAGCUAUAAUCUCGUCGUCUUCCCCCAACAAUAUAUUAAAAACCUUGACAGCCAAGCCGUUCACACAUAUCCAAAGGAAGGACCUGGAGCGUGUUAUAUCCUUGGUUGGGCUUGGGCCAUAUGCAAAAAAUGCUAGUGAUAUCGAAGAUGUUCUUCCAGCAACUGAUGUGCAGGCUUUCUAUGUAUCGCGUGCGGCUAAAUAUUCAAGGGAUGCGUUGAACUACUUUUACCUGGCAUUCAACAACAGCCCUGACUUGGUCCGGUUGCGUGACGCGUGUCAAAGUAUUGUUGACCAUUUCCCUAUCUUGCGCACAAUAUUCAUAUCAUCACAGAGCAGGAUCUAUCAGGUAGUUAUUCGCAAGGUUCAAGUACCUUUCGAGAUCCACGAUGGUGUUGAAGAUCUAAACGAAAUGAGCAACAGCCUUUGCCUUCAGGAUUUGGAAAAGGAAAUCAGCCCCGGGUCAUUAUUUUUAUCCUUUACAUUGGUUCGACAUGCGAAAUCUGGUUCGAAGCUUAUCAUCCGCAUGUCCCACGCUCAGUAUGACGGCAUGUCUUGGCCAAUGAUCCUUAGAUGCCUCCAAGAGGCAUAUGCCGGAGUUCCACGGAGCCCGACUCAGGCUUUCCCCAGUUUUGUAUCAUAUACGCUCGGAAGGGCAGAUGAGUCGCGAAAAUACUGGAGAAACCUUCUUCAAGGAUCAAAUAUGACUCAAAUCUCCACAAAAUUUAGAAUGGAAGUCCCACCGCUUACGGCAUCUAAAACUCACGUUGAACGGGCACUCACGUUGCCAGUUCCACCAAAAGGCACCACUAUUGCAUCCCUUGUGAGUUCAGCGUGGUCGCUAGUCCUUAGACAGAUCGUUGGGGGAGCGGAUGUAGUGUACGGUUUCGUUGUUGCGGGCCGUAACACUAGCAUGCCGCAGAUCCAGAAAGUUGUCGGUCCUUGCAUGAACACGGUCCCGGUCCGGGUUCGUUUUGAUUCCCUGCGGACAACGGUAGAUCUCCAGCAUCAUGUCAUGGACCAGUAUCUUUCCAUGGGAGAAGCAGAUUCAUUGGGCUUCCGAGACAUAGUGGAAAGUUGCACCCAGUGGCCAAGCGAAACUAAGUUUGACACAUUACUUCAGUACCAUGACAUUGACGAAACUCCGGAAGUUACUCUCCGUACGGAUUCAAACUUCAGCAAUGCAAAGCUUGACUGGUUCCGAAAGCCCUACGCUGCACCGACUAACAUUGAGAUAUCUGCCCGCCCGAACGGUAGAGUUCUUAAAAUAACAAUAACCAGCGACAAUAAUUUGCUCAAUGCUGAUGCUGCAAUGGCAAUGCUAGCAAUGUUUGAGAACGCGAUUAAGAUCCUUUCAGGUGAUCGAGCACUGCAGUUGAACUCGAUAAACCUUCUCUCUGCCACUCCCCAACAGCUGCAUCCAUCAAAGAUAUCUGAUCUCUGCCCCUCUGCUUAUUUGACAUUCCAGUUGUUGACCUUGAUGCUCAGGUCAUAG